GGCUGUGUCUUCUGCAUCCGCGUGCCGUCGUAUCCGUCAGAAUCUGCAUCCACGAUUUCGAAAGAGUGGCACCGAGGGGAUUGCAGGAAAUUUGGGUUGCACUUUUUAAUUUUUGGAAACCCACGAUACCGAAUAUUCGCGCAGAGUGUAUCGGGGUCGCAUCAGUAUGCGGGUCCCGAUUUUAUUGAUUCUUGGGCUGCUUAUCUACGCUGUCGAUGGUAACAUCGUACCUAACGAAGCUCUAACUACGAGCCUGCAGGAUGUUUGGUUCGAUGACGAAUUCGUUAUCGCAAUAUCCAACUUCAAUAAGAGAAAAUCUGAUAGUCCAGUGGAGACUCUGUUAUCUGUGAAAUAUUUGGGAAAAAUAAAAUUAGUGCUCAUGAUCGAUCGACGAACAAAACGCGUUAUACUUGAGAGUCUCGAUAAUACGGGUCGACGCAGCGCAUCACAUGUCAAAGUUGACAGCAUCUCAGUGAAUAGUCCUCUGAAGAGUCUGAUUUUACUGGUGUAUCAGGUGCAACCUAAUCCUCGCGUGGAUGUGUACGUCGAUUGUAAUUACCAGGGUUCUAUACCGUUGAAGACAACUUUUCGCCACAUAUUUGCGAACAUGGACACUCUAGAAGGAUACGUAGAAGUAUUAAAAGAACGAAAAAGCCGGGUAAAAGUGUAUCAGACUACAAUCACUGAUGUGCUGAAGAAAGAGCAAUGUCCUGACAACCUAUCUGAAAUGAAGCAGCCUUCAGUAUUCGAAACGCCGAAAACACAACCUAUCGAUUCUGAUGAAGACUAUCAAAAUAAAUCUAUCGAUCGACCUGACGAAACAAGUGAUGAAAUUAACGGAUCGGGAUCGAAUAAUAAUGAUCAGUGGCCUUCCAAUAACUCAAAGUUUCUUUGGGAUAAAAAACUUUCCAAUAAGAAACAUCCGAGUGAUAGCAAUCGACCUAAGAAAAAAGAUCACUCGAGACAUCCAAAAGGCAAAAGCAAACCCGAUAAAUACGAUCCAUAUGAUUCUUCCCCUCCACAAUCUCCGAUAGAUCGCCCCAAAAAACAUCCUAAAUCAGAUGAGUCUGCUGGGUCACCUGUUGGAUCCGAAUCUUUCAAUUCUAAACGACCUGGCCGAAGUCCGUAUCCCGGUAGUUCGAGUCAAAAUGCGUACCCUUAUUCAACAGACAUGUCUGAUUCAGAAUCAUCCGGCAGAAGAGUACCCAGGAGAGGCGAUAUCGGAAUCCAAAGUCUGGAUGAGAAAGUCUGCCAGACCGAUGAUCAAAUCGUAAAAACCUUGAACGAAUUAAUCAACGCUACCAGGAAACUCGGGAGGGAGUUGGAACUAAAUAGGAUGGAAACCCAACAUCUUCGCCAUUUGAUUGAAAAUUGUUCGGCGUGUCGUACACCCAUCGUGCCAACACCGCCGCCGUCCACGUGCGAUCAUAACUCUCCGUGCUAUCCCGGCGUCGAUUGCCGUAACACACCGAGCGGACCCCAGUGCGGCCCCUGUCUACGUGGUUACUCCGGAAAUGGACGGGUCUGCGUCAAAAUCAAUCCCAUCACCUGCCUCCAACGGCCGUGCUUCUUGGGGGUGCGGUGUUACGAUGAUGACGAUUAUGGCUACAGAUGCGACAGAUGUCCAAACGGAUACAUCGGCGAUGGCGAAAGAUGCGAGAGGAUAAGAAACCCCUGCGACCGUCACCCCUGUCAUCCGGAAGUUAAAUGCCAUCCUACUUACAAUCCACCGUAUUUCAAAUGCGGUCCAUGUCCAUCGGGAUAUGUGGGUAACGGCACGGUGUGUCUCGAUGCGAAUGAAUGCGAGCUGGCGCGACCCUGUCACCCCGGAGUACGGUGCAUGAAUCUCCAUCCUGGAUACAGAUGCGACCGUUGCCCGACAGGUUACACGGGGCCGAUGACGGAAGGCGUCGGUGUCGAGAUGGCCAGAUCGCGAAAACAGAUCUGCCAGGACAUAGACGAGUGCGAGACCAACAACGGCGGAUGCGAUCCCUAUUCGGAGUGUAUUAACACGGAGGGAUCCUACAGAUGCGGUCCGUGCAGAAGUGGUUACGUUGGCAAUCAAACGACAGGAUGUCGUGUUCAGAAAGGUGCCUGCCCAGAUUUGAUAACGAUCUGCGAUGUCAAUGCCUAUUGCAUCGCCAUGUAUGCCAACGAAUUCACAUGCAAGUGUCAUGUUGGUUGGACCGGAAACGGAUAUUUUUGUGGUCCCGACAGCGACAACGAUGGCAUCCCCGACAAUCGUCUUAAUUGCAACGACCGUCGCUGUUACACUGACAAUUGUCAGACGGUACCGAACAGUGGCCAGGAGGAUGCCGACGGUGAUGGUAUCGGUAACGCUUGCGACGAUGAUGCCGACAAUGACGGCGUAUUGAAUCUAACCGAUAACUGUUGGCUCAUUUAUAAUUCAAACCAGCUCGACAGCGAUAACGACAAAAUCGGUGAUGCCUGUGAUAAUUGUCCGAUGAAUUGGAAUUCGAAUCAGGAGGAUAUUGACGACGAUGGCGAGGGUGACGCAUGCGAUAACGAUUUGGAUAACGAUGGUAUACCUAACAAUCAAGACAACUGUAUCAACUUAAAGAAUUCAAAUCAGCGCGACACCGAUGGAGACGGCAUCGGCGAUAUCUGUGACAAUUGUCCUAAUAUUAGCAAUGCUGACCAAGAUGAUAUCGACGGCGAUGGCGUUGGGAACGUUUGUGAUACCAAUUCGGAUCGCGACAGGGAUGGUGUCCAGGAUGACAAAGACAAUUGUCCGGACGUGGCGAACCCCGGACAGAACGACGGCGAUCGUGAUGGCAUGGGCGACGAAUGCGACGACGACAUCGACGGAGAUGGUAUACCCAACGGGAGCGAUAACUGUCCUUACGUCUACAAUUUGGAUCAGCGUGAUCUUAAUCAUGAUGGCACUGGCGAUGCAUGCUGGAACGAUAAUGACAAUGAUACAGUUAUUAAUACCCAUGACAAUUGUCCAAAUAACAGUUUAAUAUGGACAACGGAUUUCCGUAAAUACUUUACAGUCGCUCUCGAUCCAUACGGUACAGCGCAACAAGAUCCCGUAUGGAGAAUUCAUCAUGAAGGUGCUGAGAUUCAACAGCUUCUUAACAGCGAUCCCGGAAUGGCGAUAGGACCGGACGAGCUAAGUAACGCUGACUUUGAAGGAACUUUUUACAUCGAUAACCACGAUGACGACGACGAUUUCGCGGGCCUCAUCUUUUCCUACCAGGAUAAUCGACACUUUUAUGUUGUUUAUUGGAAGAAAAAUGCACAGGUUUAUUGGGAACCAUCCCCAUUCCGCGCUGAAGCGGAGCCUGGGUUUGUAAUGAAGCUCGUUCAGUCCGACACCGGACCGGGCGAGAUGCUCCGAAACAGUCUCUGGCACAAGGAAGACACCCCCAAUCAGGUGAGGGUCUUGUGGAAGGAACCGGGGAUUAGUUGGCAGCCAAGAGUAUCAUACAGAUGGCAUCUGUUGCACAGACCUAAGAUCGGCCUGAUCAGAUUCUGGCUGUAUCAGGGCACACAGCAGAUAGUCGACUCUGGGAACGUGUUCGACUCGACUCUGCAAGGUGGUAAACUGGGUGUCUACUGCUUCUCGCAGGAAAUGAUCACCUGGUCGGAUUUACUGUAUAAGUGCACAGAUACCGUGCCUCAAAUUGUGUGGGAUCAGCUACCUGAUAAUUUAAAGAGAGAAGUUGAGGUGGAGAUUUCUAACAAGUAUCAACAACAAAUAAUACAACGCAGAAUGAAUUACGACUUCUAAAACAGGCUCUCGAUGAUUUUUUUAUUUUAUUAUAACAAUGGGUAAAAAAAAAUGUGGAUUAAGUCUAAAUCUCUGUAAUUUUAAUUUUUGAAUAAUCGAGGAGCCACGAACGAAUUAUAAUCUACUAUAAAAUAAAAUAACGUAUUUUUAACGAGUUUAAAUAAACUCAAUUUGCAUAUGAGUCCAAAAUUUUACGAUAAAUUUUGUAUAUUAUACAUACACACACACGCACACACACACACACACAUAUA